AUGGUGAUGAAGUGUCGUGAAGAAUGUGUAUGUAGAUGCGGGUGGGUUUCAUUGACCGGUUUAUUGCUCGACAAUUCUAAAAUAUGCAGCACUGAAAUUCCCAUAAAUGACAUUUUUCAUUGGCCUGAUCACGAAGAACGAGAGUAUCCGAGCAAAGUGCUAUGCAAGGAGGAUAAAGUGCCUCGUCUGGAGUCAUUCCUUUCCACUUAGGGACACUCAGUAACCGUCCUUGGUAGCUGUACAGCGUCAUUACAUUCCAUUCAAUCAGCAAAAAAUGCCUGUAAUAAAAUAAACCAACAAUUACUAUAUACAUGUCAAAUAUCACUGGUGUGUUCCAGUUUGUCGAGGAAUAAAUGUGACACUGAUUUGUCGUGACAACAACCAGAUAAUUAAAGGCUAAUUCCAUAUGAACAACUCGGUCGGAUAUCUCGAGCAUCUCAACAACUCCACUGUUGUUUCCUAUUUCUCUCACCUGAAUUGUCUUUCUUUUAAUCAAUGUCGCUUCAUAGUUUUCCCAUUCAAGCCGCCUGAA